UAAAUCAUUAUGAGCUUGAAGCUCCUUACACAUUUUAAAAAGGUAAAGUAGUCUCAAAUCUAUCCACACCACAAAGUUUAAGUUAGGUGCAGAGCAAAGGAAUGAUGAGAAGUAAGAGGAUGAUUGAAUGUUUUGCCUUAAUGCUUGUACUGUGUUCAUGUUGGAGUUCUGUCAAUGCCCAACUCAAUUCAACAUUUUAUGAUGAGACAUGUCCGGGGGUUUUCUCCACAGUGAAAGCAGCUGUAAAACAGGCAAUCGCCAACGAAACACGAAUGGCUGCAUCCUUGCUUCGCCUUCACUUUCAUGACUGUUUUGUUAACGGCUGCGAUGGAUCGAUUCUGCUGGACGACACGGCCAACUUUACAGGAGAAAAGACUGCAGGUGCAAACAACAAUUCUGUGAGAGGAUUCGAUGCGAUAGACAGCAUUAAGUCUCAAGUGGAAGCAAAUUGCAGUAGAGUUGUGUCCUGUGCUGAUAUUUUAGCUAUUGCAGCUCGGGAUUCAGUGGUUGAAGUAUCAAUCUACUUUCUCCAGAUCACCGAUUUGGGAGGGCCAACGUGGAGUGUGUUGGUAGGAAGGAGAGACUCUACAACUGCAAAUUUCAGCGGUGCAAAUUCCAAUCUUCCUAGUCCCACAUUCAGCCUCACCGAACUCAUUUCAGCUUUUGGUGAUCAGACCCUUUCUGUGAAGGAUAUGAUAGCCCUUUCAGGUGGUCAUACAAUUGGCCAAGCUCGGUGCACCACCUUUAGAAGCCACAUUUAUAAUGAAACCAACAUCGAUAGUACAUUCGCUACUUCUCUUCAAGGUAGUUGCCCUUUCAGUGGCGGAGAUGACAACCUAUCAUCCAUAGAUGUACAAACUUCCACUACCUUUGACAAUCAGUAUUAUGUAAAUCUCUUAAGCCAGAAAGGACUCUUUCACUCUGACCAAGAGCUUUUUAAUGGAGGGUCUGCUGAUUCACAAGUUACUACCUAUGCUAAUAAUCAAAGUAGUUUCUUCGCUGAUUUUGCAGAAGCCAUGGUGAAUAUGGGAAACAUAAAUCCUCUUACAGGUAGUAGUGGAGAAGUUCGGACAAAUUGUAGGAAGAUCAAUAGCGCAACAAUAAAUAGUCUAGUCAAUGCACCCGUUGUUUAUGAGUAAGACACGAUACCACCUAAACAACAUAUGUAUUGGCAAAAAUAGUCUGUCUACUGAGUUCGUUUUUAAGAAAUUAUAUCAUGUUAUGAUGAAAUGAAGUUAGCUAUAUCAUAUUCUAAUGAAAUAAAGCUAGGUAUCGAUUGUUGUCAUUGAUUAUUUAGAGUGUUUAGGUUGUAGCAGACAUCAUACUUUGUUAAAAAUCUUGUGCACUAUCUAUUUUGUA